CUUGUUGUUCCCCUCAAUUUCACUCACUUUCCUGAGGUUGCGUCGCGAAACUCCUUUUUGUUCAAGUCUCUUUUCGCAUCUACACUGACCAUGCACGGCCUUUCAGACUUUGUCUUCACUCGAAUGCUCAAUGAGGACCCUGUCCUCAAGACGAUCGCUAUUCUCGGCACAUUACCAUCACCAACAGACAAUAGUCUUGUACAGCCUGCCAUCUUGCUCAUUGAAAAGACUCAUUUCGCAAUACAAACCACUGACAGUGACAUUACUCAACGCAUCUCGGAUCUAAUCUCCACUGGCAGUAAUGACAUUUACAAUUGGUGGAAUGCCAUCCUCUCUCCGGGAAAAAGCAAUGACCCUGAUCUGAAAAUGACCGUUAUUUAUCCGGCCACUGAGGCUCAUAUUGCCAAGUACUCGCACCAAACUCGUAAGAUGAUCACAGAGACUGCUGAGGUCUACAGGACGGCUGUAUUACCAUGGAUCGAGAGUCAGCCCAAGAGCAGAAUCCAAUGGGUGGAGAAUAUUCUAAGUGGUCUUAAAGAGCAAGAGAAUGUCCUCUUUCGAGAUAACGAUCCCAAUACGGGAUUCAUUAUUUUGCCUGACAGUAAAUGGGACAAACGAACAUUGUCCUCGCUCUAUUUAUUGGCCAUCUCACAGAGGUCGGAUGUACGUUCCCUGCGCGAUCUUAGGCCAGAGCAUCUGCCCAUGCUUAAAAAUAUUCGAGACAAGGUUCUGGCUAUGGUCCCUGAAAAAUUCCCCGGUGUAGCCUCUGAUGAAAUCCGCAUGUUUGUACACUACCAUCCCAGUUACUAUCACUUCCAUGUCCAUAUAACAUAUGUGACAGCUCAUGUUCCAGGCAGCACUGUCGGCCAGUCUCACCUGCUGGACACCAUUAUAGAUAACAUUGAGAAUAUUGAUCGGGAGUAUUACAGCAAGGCUUCGCUUCGUUUUGCUUUGGGCGUCAACCAUCCCAUUUAUGAGAUAAUUACCAAGUCCCAGAUCGCAAACUGAUGGACGUCACAAGCCCAUUUCGAUGUGCAACUAGACUACGCAUAUAACUUUCUGGUCCAACAUAUGAUAGUAAAUAUAUAUAUAUUUGCUCUUUUUUUUUUAUUUUUUUUUAUCAGCC